AUGUCCCGCUUAUCAGACUACCGUCUUCUCUGCUUUGAUGUAUACGGCACGCUGAUUGACUGGGAAGGUGGAAUUAUUACUGCACUCCAACCGAUCCUCAAAGCCAACAAGACCGAAUUUACUCGCAAGCAUCUGUUGACUAUCUACCAUGAGCUGGAAAGCGAACAGCAACGUCUGACCCCAGACAAGCCAUACUCUCAGCUCCUCACAACCAUACAUCCUCGCCUCGCCCAACGAUUGGACCUCCCUCCUCCAAGCGAUGAGGAAAGCAUCCAAUUCGGCGAGUCAGUGGGCACUUGGCCCGCCUUCCCCGAUACAGUCGAAGCCCUGCAUCGUCUCCAAAAGCAAUAUAAACUCGUGAUCCUCUCCAAUGUCGACCGUGCUUCCUUUGCCCAGUCCAAUGCUGGCAGUCUACAAGGAUUUCCCUUUGAUCUAAUUAUAACUGCUGAACACGUCGGCUCCUAUAAGCCCGAUGCGCGGAACUUUGAGUACAUGAAGAAAGCUGUACAGGCAGACUUUGGUGUCGAACCAGAGCAGAUCUUGCAGACGGCACAGAGCCAGUUUCAUGAUCAUCAACCCGCAUCCCGGGCGGGGAUCCGGUCAGUGUGGAUCGAGAGACCCGGUGCCACGAUGGGGAACCGAGAGGUAGCUCCUAUCUUUGAUUGGCGUUUUGAUACAUUGGGAGAAAUGGCAGAUGCCUUGCAUGAUGAGUGA